GCGUGACCAGAGUUUCCAGGGUAACGUCGCUUGUUAGUACACCGACAUGCACAGGCGGAACUUUAGCCACAUUUCGAUAAACUAUAUUUUUGUCUUGAUUUUGAUCUUCAAACCACAAUACAUAAUAGUCUAGUUAAUUUUUAAACCGUUUGUAUUGUAAUUUAAUUAUAAAUAUACUUUACUAGUACUGUUUUGACAUAAAUCACGUGAUGUUCACUAAAGAGCUUUAUUGCACCAGGUUUAAACCUAAAACAGCUUAACGUUAAAACAGCACUUAAAACUGCUACUGCCGAAUGAAUGCGGAAACUGGAUGCUGUUUUUCUAAAACUCUGAAGAUGUUUUUUAAAUAUAAUUUUGUUUGACCAUAAUUUCUGACUAUUUGACUAGUUAGUUUUACCAUAAGACUGUCAGACAUUCCUCUUGUGCAGUGACUUUUUGAGAAUGACUGGGGAAAUUAUUAAGGAUUUCUUAACAAUGUGAUGUGAUCUACAAAUGAUGGUCACUAUCAAGAUAUUCUUCAGAGAUCACUUUCAUUUUUCAGCCAUAUGGACGUCCGUGUUGGAAGGAUGACAGGUCUAAGGAAGUGAUGUUGGAGUCUUCAGUUAACAAUAAGAAAAGAUGCAUCCCGAGUUCUCUGACACAAUUGUGCAAACAGCUUGAGGACAGAAUCAUGCAGAUAUCACAGCGUUACUCCAUCUGUGAUGAAGACCGACAGUCUCUGACUGCAGUGCUGUCCUCUGAGCUGGCUCUGAUUUGGCAGGACCUGAAAAUCCGUCCCGUGGACUCCACACUGAGCCGGGAUGAGAAAGUGCAGCUGCAUCGCCAGACCUUCAGCGAGGUUCUGCACAUCUGUGAGCAGCUGUUUCUGCGCUACCUUCACCUGACAGAGACUCUGCGGAGGCGAGGGGUCUUCAGCGAUUGUGCCAACCGCAAGAGGCUGGCAGCUCAGUUGGCCGUGGACUGCACCAGUCUCUUGAAUAUUCGUUCAAUACGAUGCCGGAUUGUCACAGGAAUCAAGGCUAUGAGGAGUACUGUAAUACAGCAAAAAGCUUUACAAACAGAGACGUGCACACAGGAAAAAACUGUGGAGGAUGACCUCAGGGAGAUUCAGGAUAAAAUCGGGGAGCUGGAUCUACAAAGUGUGUAUGACCUUCUGCCCUGCAACAUGGAGCAAAUCUUAUAUAAGACCGACAAUCAGUGUACGGCAAGACAUACAAAUACAUGUUUUGCCUUUAUGUAUGCAACUACAUGUUGUUUUAAAGAGACCCAAAAACUACUACUAAUGCUUAAAGAAGCCUUGACCUUCUUUAAUUCUAGCAGACUCUAAAAGCUUGUGACCCUCAGGCCAUUCAAGAAUAAGUAGACUGUCUAUUUCUUCAGUAAAGCAUUUCAAACCUUU